AUGGUUGUUUUAAAUUCUAAUCCAGAGAUCCUCCUAAAGAAAAGGAAAGACAAGGACAGAAAGAGAAUAGAGAAGCAGGAUGAAGCUAAAAGAAAACAACUUGAGCGUAAAAAGAGAAAUGAUAAACGGGGCAAGAAAUUCCUUAGAGCUGAGACUUUAGUAUCAAACCAUAUAUCCAGUGAAUUAGAAAAAAAAAGAAUCGAACAUAUAACAAAGUAUGAGAACCAACAUCGUGACGGGGGUUUAUCUGAAAGAGAAGAAGACCCGAAGUUACUAUUUUUGAUUAGAGUGCCGGAUCACACCAAAGGCUUGAAGAUUCCUUCAAAGGCCGCAAAAGUAUUGAAACUGUUGCGCUUGACGACUCCAAAUACAGGAGUAUUUGUCAAACUUACUCCAGGAUCUUCUCUCUUGUUAAAAUUGAUUAGUCCUUAUGUUGUCACAGGCUCUCCAUCGUUGAGUUCUGUUCGUAAGCUUUUUCAAAAGAGAGCAAGCAUCACAACUGUUGACGAGGAAACAAAAUUACCCAAGACCGUCAAAUUGGACAAUAAUCAGAUCGUAGAAGAUAAGUUUGGAGAUGAUCUAGGAUUCGUAUGCAUUGAAGACCUCAUACACGAAAUUGUCACGUUAGGCGAAAAUUUUAAGCCUAUAACUUUUUGGAUUAAUCCAUUUCAACUCAAUCCACCUGUAAAUGGAUGGGGUCCACAAUCAAAGCUUGCAAAAAUACAAUACGAAGAGGACCAUAAAAAGAAAGUAAGCCUCGCUGGUAAUGCAAAAGUUGAUGAAAUCGACAUUGACAACUUUAUUGAUGAACACAAUUGA